CUUAGUAUCUUCGCAUAUCUCUUCAAUUAGUUCAUAGCUUCCAAUGAGCUUCCUCCACCCAGCAGCACCGCAAGAAGUCCCCUUUCUGCUCCGCCUUCCCAUCGAGCUCCGCCAGCACAUCUACAGCUAUAUCCUCCCCUCCACCACCUCCUACGCCUCGCACUUCCCGCCCGCCGCGUCGGAGCCCUCGAACAGCGAGUUCAGCCUGACCUUUGUGCGCGAGACCCUCGGCGAGGGCGUCUGGAAGAUGCAGCGCACCCUGCCCAACACCUCGCGCAAAGCCGGGAACGACAUCGUGUGGCGACGGGGCUGGACCGCGCUGCUCGCCGUCAAUCGCCAAAUUCACGAGGAAUGCGUAGACCUGAUAUACGGGGAUAAUACCUUCGUCAUCGAUGUGGCGUACGAUAGCAUCAAAUUUCGCUACCGCUGGGUGCUGCCGAGCAAUUUGACGCCCAGCCAGAGUUAUUCGUUCCUCGAUCACUUUUCGCAGCGAAAUCUGCUGAGGAUUAGAAAUUAUAUUGUCAAUGUCGAGCAUGUGGAUAGCUAUACGGGCAUGAUCAAGUACAACUGCGGUGGGAGGGGUUUGACGGCGGGUAUAAGGCAGCAAGUCCAAAAUCUGGUAGAGCUGCUGGCCCUGGUGCCGAGCCUGCAUCGCGUGCAUGUACAUCUCAUUGAUGGCGCAAUUAGUAGGGUGAGAUUCCCGAGUGGGCGGUUGCAUCGCGUCCAGGACAAGGGGAACUGUGCAGCAGCGCAGACGGUGCUGGAUCCGUUGUUCAGGCUAUAUGGGGUCAGGAAGGCGGCGGUGACAGGCGUAACCCCAGAGUAUAUGACCAGGCUUGAGGAACAAAUGACGGGAGGUAGAUGAAUACGAAUUAUGAAUUAGCCUCCUGAGGAUCUCUAUGACGACUAAUCGAUACGUCUUUGCGUCGC